AUGUUUGCCAAAAGAUACGAAAGAAUGUUGAAGAGCCAUGGAGUUCAUCCACAUGGUGGUGUAUGGGAUAGCUCGGCACACCGCAGAGAGGAUGCAAUGACCAGUCCUAUGCUGAAGCAGCCGAGAAAGCGAAAGCAAGACGAGACACUGACCUUCUUCAGAGAUGAGGACGACGACGUAAACAUACAGAAGACGAAACGGCUAUGUACCUAUCGUCAGCCUCGUGUCAAGCAAGAGCUUCCGUCCCAAAUACCGCCUACAGGCUACCCUGCCUACAUGUAUCAUCCAGCAUUCGUGCAACAGCCCUAUCCCUACAUGCAGCAUCUAACACAAUCCGGCAUGGGUCAUCCGCCACCCUUUACAGGAGGCACAUUAGCUCAUCCUCCGUUCCACCAACCACAAGGCCACAGCUCAGCGUUCGCCAUGACGUCUCAGCUAUCACCAUUCACUAUGCCAGCUCAGCCAUUGCAGCCAGCCUCGGAUCAUCAACCAGAUUAUGGUGCUUUGAACGACAUCUAUAACCAGAAUUUUUCGGCAUUUGAUGGAUUUGAAAACCUGCUUCAAGGAGAUGAAGCAAUGUCAACAAAUGCUGUCAACGACUCGAAGCCUCUCAUGGAUUUAACAGAAGCUGAUCAAACAGUUGCUGAACCCAAGCAUUCAGAUUCUGUGACGAUCAAAUCUGAACCUACACCAAUAUUAGACGUGUCAGAACGAUCUCUCGUGACUGCCAACAAGCAGGACGUCCCUAGCACGGCUAACCCCUUCGCUUCCCCGUCAUUACCAAUCCUUUCGAACACAUUGGUGGCUCCGCUGAGAUCUGUCCAAGGCUUCGCAGACACUAUACAGAGUCAGAACAUAGAUGUCAAGCAGGAGGAGAACGAAGAUUGCAUAUUUCUCAUUGAAUAA